CUUCCCCGGGAGAGCGCGCUGGUGCCGGCCCCCGGCUCGCCCUACGGGCAGGCGCUGAGCCGCCAGCUCAGCAGCGGCAUCUCCGAGAUCCGCCAGACUGCCGACAGCUGGAAGGUCACCUUGGAUGUCAACCACUUCGCGCCCGAGGAGCUGGUGGUCAAGACCAAGGAUAAUAUCGUGGAGAUAACCGGCAAACACGAGGAGAAGCAGGAUGAACAUGGCUUCAUCUCCAGGUGCUUCACCCGAAAAUACACGUGUCCUGCCGGUGUUGAAGCCACGGCUGUGCGGUCCUCACUGUCCCCUGAUGGCAUGCUCACGGUGGAGGCCCCCCCGCCCAAGCCGGCCAUCCAGUCUGCCGAAAUCACCAUCCCCGUCACCGUUGACAGCCAAGCCAAGGAACCAGCCAAGAAAUAG